UAGGUGUAGACUGGAAGUGUUUAGGGUACCUGUCUCAAACUGUAUCCUGGUGGAAAACCUUAACAUGAACACCACUGAUGACGAUGUCGCUCAUUACUUCGAAUCCAUGCGAGCAGGUGGCAGCACCGUGCUCAGAGUAGAACACGUUGAAGAUCAAAGGAAAUGUGUUUUCUUUGAAGAUCCUGAAGUUGCUCGCAGGGUUGCGCUGAAGAAACAUCUUCUUGGAGGAAGAGAGCUCAGGGUCAGGCUUUAUUUAGAUUGCCUUGGCCCGUACGGAGGGAGUGAAGAUCCUUAUGUCUUUGUCCUCCCCGAACCUCUGGAAGUGUCUGUGAAAGAAAACAUCAAAGUUCAUUUUCUCCAACACGGCACCAGGAUUCUGCAGAAUUUAAACGAAAGACUGUCAACAUUUCAUGCGUGUGCCACAGUUGUGGAUAGUGUUCUCAAGAUAGAGUGUACCCUGAACAAAUCACUCCCCAGAGUUCAUCUCUUAGUUAACGGCUGGAGAGAUGAAAUAAAAAAGCAGGUAGAUGUCUGUUUUGAUUCUGUGAGGCUCGACAGGCUAGAGGUGUUGCCAGAAAUAUGGCCGGACGUGAUGAAAACUGUAGAUGAGUGUGAAGUAAGUGGCGAUGAUAUGAUCCUACCACUCGUCGAUGAGCACAUGCUUGUCAUUUUGGGAAGAAAGAACGUAGAGAGAAACACAUUUGAGAAAAUCAAGGCCAUUGUUGACAAAUGGGAGAAAGAGCUUGUUUUGAAAAAGGGUGAAGUGAAUAAGACAAAGAACCUUAAGAAACAUGAACUUGAUCUCUUAAUCAUGUUUUCGUUUCCUUCUAUCAUCGAGGAGCAGUACAACAGCCUGAAUGUAAAGAUAGCAGAGCAAGAAGGAAAGAUAACCUUUCAUGGACAAUUGGCUGACAUUAGAGAAGCAGAGAUUACUAUGACAGAUAUUUUACAAAAUGCAUCAUCAAAGAUGGUAAAAAGUCUGACUGACAGUAAAAUAAGUAUUCUUUCCAGUCAAAGGUCUCGUGACAUCGUAGGCCAGAAACUGAAAUCGUUGGAGCUUAAAGCAACUUGGGCUUGUCACAAAGAGGGAAUCGUUAUAGUCUACUGCUUGAAGGAAUCUGAUUUAGAGAAGGCCGUUGAUGUCAUUCAGACUUCUCUGAUGGAGGAAGCUUUUCCUUUGGACGAAGUAUCUUCCAAGGUAGUAUUAAAUAAUCCAGAUUGGGAAACUCUAAAGAAAGACCUUCUUCAAACACACAUGGGCCUUUUCACAAUUAGUACAAAGGACAACAUCAUACUAGUAACAGCUGUAAGGGAAAUUAUGCCUAGUGUACAACCUCAGAUUCUUGACUUCGUUUCAGAAAACAGUAUUUACUUCACUGUUUUCUGCUUUUCACCCAGUCGGCAGGAGUUUUUAAGACUGUAUUGGAAGGACAGGUUAAAACUUAUUGGUGAAAAGUUGUCCAAGUACAAAGUAGACAUCACUGUGACUGAUCAAACAAGCACUAUUCGAGUUAAGGGCACCAUUGAUGGAAUUGAACAUGUCAGAAAGGAACUCAAAGCGUUAGAAAAACAAAUUACAUGCACAGAAGAGAGAAUCACAAACAAGGACACAGUUGCAUGUUUUGUUGCACUAAAGAACAAGAACAAUAACGAACUUUGUUACAUUACAAAAGCACAUCAGUGUGUGUUGUCAUGGCAUCCAGAAGGAAACGUUAUUCAGGUUGUGUCUACAAAUCAGCCAGAUAAACGACGGAAGAAAACAGGAGAUCAUUCCAUGGUGUCUGCCAUGGUAGCAAACAUCACCGAGCUGGCAGUGGAUGCAAUCGUCAAUGCAGCCAAUUCAAGAAUGCAACAUGGCGGUGGAGUGGCUGGAGCCAUUGUUGCCAAAGGCGGUAGAGAGAUACAGGAAGAGUGUAACCGAACUAUCAAAACCAGAGGCGAGCUGUCAGAAGGCGAUGUGCUGGUGUCAGGACCAGGGAAGCUUCCCUGCAAGUCCAUCAUCCACGCUGUGGGACCUCGGUAUAAGGGAGGCAACAAAGGGGAAGAAGAAUGUCUUCGAAGCACAGUUUUCAAUUGCUUGAAGGCUGCCUCCGACAGAGGCUACACCUCCAUUGCCCUUCCUGCCAUCAGUUCCGGAAUUUUCGGCUACCCCGUUGAGGAGGCCACUCGUGUCAUUGUUGAAGCUGUACGGAGUUACUUUCAGUCCACCACUGGUAGCAGUGUUAGAGAUGUCAGACUUUGUGACAUUGUACAAAGUACAGUUGAUCUUUUCCAGACAGCGUUAGACGGAAGUUCUCUUGGAAAAGAAACAACAGUCAUUACUCAUGAUCCUGAUGAAGGCUUUCAAGGAAUCCAAGUCUUUGUUGUCGAAGGUGAAAUUGCAAGACAAGAUACUGAUGUGAUCGUCAACUCAACAUCACAGGAUCUUAACUUGACACAAGGCGCCAUAUCGUCCUCCAUUCUGAAAGCGGCAGGACCUGGCUUACAAAGAGAAUGCAAAGAAAAAUAUCCUAAGGGGAUUACUGGUGACAAAAUAGCAUGUACGAACAGUUUUAACAUGCGUUGUAAGGCCAUAUUCCACGUCGCAUUAUGCAACUGGGCAAAUGAAGCUGCCGCAAAACAACUAGAAUCAGUAGUUAAGAGCUGCCUGAAAGAAGCCAGCAAGCGUCAUUUUACAUCCAUGGCCAUCCCCGCUCUGGGAACAGGCACCCUGAGAUUUCCCCGGGAAGUGGCAGCCCGCACCAUCAUUUCCACAGUUAAUCGGUUCCACCAGACGUCUCCCAACACAAGCUUGAAGGAGGUCAAAGUUGUGGUGUUCAAAGAUCCAAAGACCUUUGAAGUUUUCAGUGCAGAGGGUUUCUCACAGAUGAAACGGCAGGAGACAAAGAUUGAUACAGACACCGAAGAGUAUGAAAACAAUAAUGGUGCACCUAUCAGCUUUCGAGAAGGUUCUCAAGAAGCCUUCGGCGGUGGGGCUGAUGAGGCAGCUGAAGACCUCACGGAUUUUCCCGUGCGUUUUAGUGCGACUCCAGCUACAACCAUUUUCUCUGAACCAAUGACUUAUGAAAAAGAUUCGACUUUUGAUCUUGAUGGCCUAUGUCUUACCGUCAAAAAAGGAGACAUCACAGAAGAAGCUGUGGAUGUGAUAGUCAACAGCAGCAAUGGCCAACUGGACUUGAGUCGAGGAGCUGUUUCGAAAGCUCUGAAGGCCAAAUGCGGAAAAGAUCUUAAACGUGAAUGCGAAACCAAGCUUGCAGAUAUGGCUCGACAUAACAUAGUUAUGACCGCAGCAUACAAGCUGAAGUGCAAGCACAUUUUGCACAUAGAUGCACUUGCACACCAGAAGUCUGGUGGAUGGGAAAAAGCUUAUACUGUGGUUCUACAAGAAGCAGAAAAAAGGGGACUACAUUCCCUGGCUGUGCCAGCUCUUGGAACAGGAAACAUUAACUUGUCGCCAUUUGCUUCUGCCCAGGCGCUUGCUACGGCGCUGACCGUUCACAAACAAAGUGUGAACACUCUGCGGAAAGUUACAGUAGUUCUGUACGACAAUGCCAUGGUUCAGACAUUCUGCGAUGUUCUUAGAGUGUUAGGGAAACAAGGUAAUGCUAGAUUACCAGGAAAACCCGAGACGGACAUUCACAAAAAGUCACUCUUUCAGCGGGCCAUAGAUAAGUUUGCAAUCCCCUUCAAGGCCAGAAGAGAUCCUGUUCCAGAUGAAUUUAAAUUCUACAUCUUCUCAGCAAAUGAAGAAAAAAGACAAGAAUUCCUGAGAGCUCUUUAUCAGCAUUUGGACUGCAAGUUCGAGAACAAGGAGAUAAAGGAACUCGAAAAUUGGUCUGUCGAAGAGCUGAAAGAAGUAAAGAAAGUGUGCAAAUCUUUGAACGUGGAGGUACAGAAAAAACCAACCGGUGCUGUCGUGCUCAGAGGCAUGCGUGAGGACGUUGAAAGGAGUAGAGAAAUAAUAGCAACUUUUAUCAAGGAGACAGAACAGCAACGCCAGGAGACAGUCAUGGCAAACUUGGUCCAGUGGUACUAUUUUGAGUCAACAACCACUGGAACUGAGCGCAAAGCGUUUGGGAAAAAGGAAAACCGUUGCAUUGAAGAAGCCUUCCAGACAGACCAGACGAAUGAGUCGGUGGAACUUUCUGACGACAACGACUACGCCUACGUCGUUAAUUUUACACAGAUGAAGAAAUACUCCAAAGAUAACCCAUCUAAUGGCGUCAGAGUGAUGAGAAAAGAAAUAAUAAAAGGUGGGGCCAGCAGUGCCAGUCUCCUGCCUGACACCUGGGAUUUUCAGGAGGAGGAGGAAGCUGUUAAGCUCGUACAUCUUCCGAGUGGAGGUGAAGAAUAUAAGAACGUAUCCGACAAUUUUGCACGAACUGCAAAAGGAAAGUUUACUAUUAUCUCAAUUGAACGCAUACAAAACCCUGAGCUGUACAAGCAGUACCUUGCUAAGAAAGUCCAAAUGAACAAGCAGAACAAAGGAAGGCAGUCGGAGACUACAUUAUGGCAUGGCACCUCGUCAGAUGUCGUUCAGCAUAUUAAUCGAGACGGUUUCAACCGAAGUUUUUGUGGGAAAAAUGCGACAUACUAUGGACAGGGCGUCUACUUCGCCGUCGACUCCAGCUACUCCAUGCAGGAGACCUAUUCUCCAAGAACCCCUUUUGGUAUGAAAUACAUCUACCAGUGCAAAGUCUUAGUGGGAUACUCUGUCACAGGUAACCAGUCAAUGAAAACCCUGCCGAUACGACAAGGAAACAUAAGAUACGACUCUACCACAAAUGAUGAACAAAAGCCCGCCAUGUAUGUCAUCUUCCACGACUCACAGGCGUACCCCGAGUAUCUUAUCACUUUCAAGUAACCUGUAAGUUUGCAAAACUAAUCUAAUGAGAGAACUAUUGCACGUGUAAUAAAUGAUUCGAAAUUGUCAUUACAGUGGACAUCAUCUUAGUCAUGUUUAUUUUCUCCAGUACGACAGGUGAACUGUACAAAAAAGGUGGACUUCGGUUUCUUCUGAGAAGGGUAUUUUAAUCUAGGUUUUUAUGCAUGCCAAACUUUAUACCUUUUUUAAGAAUAUGUUAACCAUUCAUUAGAAAGAAAUAUCAUAGACAAACUAUAGAAACAUAGUAAAAAUAAAUAACGCAAAUUUAGCCUUUCACAUGUGCACUCAUUGAACUGCAAAACUAGCAUCACAUAUAUUUUAGGUUUUCCAUCUGAAAUAAAUUGUCCUAGCCAAAUAAUCUUUUUUACCUUAUUCUGAAAUGGUGUAAUUCAUGUUACUUUGUAAAGAAAUAUUUUACUAGAAUUUAUUAGUACCCUGUUAAAGGCCUUCACAGAACACAUUUUACUUUUUUCUAAAUGUAUGUCCUGCAUCCUACAUAUAUUUUAGCAGCCAGUUUCUAAGAAGAAAUUUUUUUCUUUGUAUAUAAACUGUCCUUACCAAAUAGAGGUCUUUUAACUUCUUUAUAUAUAUAUAUAAAUUAACAUAUAUUCUCUAUCUCGUAUAUAUUUAAACUAAUACAGGUUGAUUACCUUUUUAUUACACACAAUGCUCACAUCAUUCUUAUCAUUUUAGCGCAUCAUUAGCGUCGUUGCUACGACAUCUCGAUUCUCACCUUUAGUCUUCGUAUUCUUUAUUUCAUUUCGGUAUAUUUAUCUUUAAUAUCUCGACAAUUAACCUGUUGUGUUAUUAGUACUGCCAUUUAGAAAACAAAACCUAUAAGGUCGAAUGCGGUCAAGUCCUUCUACAUUAUUAUGAACAGACCCGAUCUCAUAAGUUGCUAGAUCCAUGUAUGAUCUGUUGCACGCAAAAUUUCAGAAAAGUAUGUAUCGAAAAGGAAACAAUAAAAAACAACAACAACAACAACAACAACAAACCAAAACAAAAAAAAAAUACUAGAGCUUUCCAAAAGCAGUGAUGGGCUUCUUUGUUUAAUACAUAAAUUCUAAAUUCUGAAUUUUUAGCUCACGGCUCACACAGCAAAUUCUAACCAUCACCAAAGAUGUGUCCUCAAUUUUGUGUGUUUCCUAUUGAUCCUGGCUCAUUUUUUAAAGGUACAGGUAGUCCUCGGGUUACGACGGUCUCGAGUUACGUCGUUUCGUGGUUACGACACUCAUUCCCACUGACAGCGACAGUGAUAACACAGCAACGUAGUGGGCUGAUUACUGAGAUGGACAGAUUAUUGGCGCUUUGGUUGCAAGACCAAAAUCAACGCCGUAUCCCUGUGAGUUUUAUGGUUAUUCAGGAGAAGGCUAGGCGACUGUUUGAGGCGUUGAAAAGAGAAAGGGGGA